UAGUCCCGAUUUGUGAUCGCAUUACUCCCGUCAUCUUCGAUAUUAGGUCGUUUAAUUUUUUACACGGUAAAAAACAAUAGAACAGGCUUCAAAUUAGCUAAAAUGAACCUGCAGACUGCAUCUGCAGGAGACCCGAAGAAGCUAGCAAAAGUGGUUCACAGCAGCAGUACAGAAAUAAAGUACCACAAGUUCUAGACAAUUUUGUAUUAAUUUUCCAGAACUAACGGCUGACUUUGCUUGUCUUAAAAUAAAAGAGGUGUCAGCAAGUCCAGCUUUAACGUGUGCACAUUCUUACUCCGACGCCCCGUCCUGCCAGCGCGCCUUCAUCUCUGGAGCACGUUGCGUACCCCUCUGCCUUCUCGCCUAUCCCCAAUUUUAUAACCUUAUUGUUGUUUGGAAUUAUAAGUAACUUGUCCUUUCAUACUAAUCCACCAUUGUUAACUUCUUAUCUCCAUCACUCAGAUCUUUCCAUUACUUCCAUAUCACAAUUUGUUGUAUCACAGAAGCAAGACAUUAUUAUAUACAUUCUGCACAUUACGAUCCCUCGAUCUACAUCUCUAAAAUAUGAUUUAAUCUUCUCCUAUAAAUUCCUUCAUUCUCUUAUCCCAAUGCACACCAAUUUUACAACUCUCGUUAAUCUACAAGUUGCGACAGAUAAUCAAAUAUGCAAGGAACAAAGCCAGUUUCGUAUGCCUUGUUAUUCCUCUUCUGCCUACAAAUAACCUCAGCUUCCUCUGCCUCCGCUCCCAAAGCCGACAAACAAUUCGUCAAGACUUCCUGCAAUGUGACCACGUACCCCUCCGUAUGCAACAAAGCGCUAUCUCCUUACGCUGGUUACAUCAAAUCGAGUCGUCUCAAGCUGACCUACCUCGCCCUCUCGCUCACCCUCAAGGCCGCGAACGCCUCAUCCACCUUGAUCUCCAAUUUAGCCAAGAACAAGCGGCUGACACCCUAUGAAGCCGAGAUCAUCCGCGAUUGCAUUGAGAAUAUAGAAGACUCGGUGGAUCAGCUUCAGCAGACUCUUCUGGCAAUUGCCCAUCUUCGCGGUGAAGACAAGGCCUUCCAGCUCUCCAAUGCCAAGACAUGGGCGAGUGCUGCGAUCACGAAUGAGAAUACUUGCAUUGACGCUUUCCAGGAGAGUCCUGUAAGUGCAUCUGUUAAGAAGAGGGUCCAGAACAGCCUGGUAGGUGUGACCAGACUAAACAGUAAUGCUUUAUAUCUCAUUAAUCAUCUGUAUUAGAUACUAGCUACAUUACAAGUAAAUUAUAUUUGGAUUGAUUACAGUUAAUUAGCUUGUCUGGCAUUCUGGCAAUAUAUGCAUAUUGAAAUUGCUGAGAUGUUGGUGCAAAUCAUGUAUCUUUUAUUUAAUUAUGUGAAUUUAUUGUAAAAUUAAUGGGGUGUUUGGAUGAUUGGUGGGAAUGGGAAUGGGGAAUGGGAAUGGGAGGUAUGAGAAUGGAGGGUAUGGGAAAUGGUAACCCAAGGGGUGUGGAGGUAUUGAUUUACCCUUCAAGAGGGAAUGAGGUUCCCAUUCCAAGCAAAAAUUUUACUCAUCCAAACACAAUGUAUGGGUAUUAGGUUCCGAUUCUCGUUAACCGGGCUCAUUAACCAUCAACCAAACGCCCCCUAAGAAGUACUGUAAUUAGAUAGGCACUGUUCACUAA